AUGGCAACAUUUGAUCGAAUGAUUAUUGAUGAUCGUGAUUUAGCAAAUCGAUAUUUUGGUGAGAAUAAUUUAGAUGAUUUUGAUAAUGAUCAAUAUCUUUUUUCAAAAUCAUCUACAAAUAAUCGUCAACCAUUUCAUUUAAAUCCAUUAACUGAACAAGAUUCAUUGAAUAAAACUAAUGAUAAUAUUGGUUUAUUUGGAAGACGAGUUUAUUUAGAAUCACCUGCACUUGACAACAAAGAUGAAGAUGAUUUAUAUAGAUAUGUACCAAGUCGUUUAAGUGAACAUCCAUCAUCUAUUGUUGGUACAACGGUUCCAGCAUCUACGGGUGAAACACUUAUAGAUUCACUUGAUUUUGAAUUAGAUCUUUUUGGGGCAACAAAUACACGACAUACAAUACCAUAUCAAACAAGUACACAAUUAUUACAAGGAUCAAAACCACCAGCACUAUUAACACAAUUACCUAAUCCAGUAAUACAAUCUCCAAUGACAAAUAUGCGAAGAGCUGAUCCUCGACAAGAUCCACUUCUUGGUCCAUUACUUGCUGAACUUGAUGCAAUGUCUACACAACAACGUUUACCACAAACACAACCACCAUCGGUUCCUUUGUAUCGACGAAAUUCAAUGCCUUAUGAACCUAAUAUGAGUCGAUUACCUGGUCUAUCCCAAACCAAUCAAGCUUCAACAACUACAGCUAACCGUACUGUUAAUGAUGCAUUACUUGAAGCUGAACUCUACGAUUCACUCGAUCCUCGAGAUCAACAAAAUCUUUCUAUUCAUCAACAUCAACCGAUACCAUUUUCUGCUCCAAAUAUAAACUCAUCCAAUCAAACUCAACCUCAACAACAACAACAACAGCAACAAAAGCAAUUGCCAUCUCGUUCAUCAAAUAUGAAUAGUACAGAUAUAUUUAUGCCCUCAUCCUAUGGUAAUGGACCGGAAACAUUUUUAAGUCAUUUUGGUCCAGAUGAACAAUUAUUUCAACAACCAUUAUUCAAUGCUAUUGGACAAAACUAUGUACAAAAUCCAAGGGCACCACCUCCACCUCAACCACAACAACAACAACAGCAGCCAUACGAACAACGCGAUCCGACUUUUGAUAAUUCAUAUGCACGAUUAUCUCCACCACAUCGUAAAGCACAUGUUCCAUCUCAACAACUUCCAAAUACUAAUCAAUAUCAACAGCAACAACCACCAUUACCUUCAAAUCGACAAACAGCCUAUACGAAUAAUAAUAAUAACAAUAAUGAUCCAUUUAGUGAAUAUCAAGAAAUGUAUGCUCCAUCUCAAUAUCAACGUCCACCACCACCACCAACUCAAAAACAACAAUAUCAAAGACCUCCACAACAACAACAACAACAACAAAAUUAUGAUGAACAAAUUCCACGUUCAACUUAUCCUUCAAAUAAUCAAGAAAUGUUUUUUACUGAUCAUAAUGAUGAUCAACUUGAUCAACUUUCUUAUCGACAACAACAGGGACCAUCAAUGACAAAUCAACAUAAUAUUGAUCAACAACAAGAACAAGAUUCAAAACGACAAGCUAUUUGGAAUGAAUUACAACGUACAAAUGCUAAAGUUCAAGAAAAAAAUGCAAAAAAACGUGAAUCAGCUAAUCGACGUGAACAAUUAUUAAAAGGUACAUUUAGUUCCAAUAAUCUAUGGAAUGGACAUGGUGGUAGUCAACAAUCUUCUGCUCAAUCAAAACAAGGUGUAAAUUCACCACCACAACGUCGUCCACCACCUAUACCUGUUUCAAAAAUAAAUUAUAUCGACGAAAAUAUUGAUAUGAUUAAAAAUAAAGAAAAUUUUUAUCAUCGUUAUCCAGCUAAAAAAUAUGAAAAUUUAUAUUCAAAACGAAAAGAUCUUGCUGGUGGUGGAAAAAAUGAACAAAAUCAAGAAUCACAAAAUGAUUUUGAUCAAACAACAUCAUCAACAUUAAUUAAUAAUUCUACAGAAACAUAUUCGAAUACACAACAGCAUUCUAGUUUACCAGUAACAAUUAAUUUAAAUCCAGGUGAUAAAUCACAAACUGGAAAUCUUCCAGCAUCAGUUACAAUACCACUCGAUAGUCAUGUUAGUCGUGUAGGUGAUAAAAUAUCCGUAAAUAUUGAUUUACGUCUUGUUGAUUUACAAAAUAUAAAGCAACAACAAAAUAAUCAUCCAGAUUGGUCAGGUUUAGAUCCAUUAGAUCGACAUAUACGAAAAUUAGAACAUAGUAUUGAUCAAAAAUCAAAAAAGUCUUUAGAAAAUCAGAAAUUUAUUGAAUGUCGUUGGAUUAAUUGUUCUUGUCAGCGACGUCGGCAGCAGUCUUUACCACCAACUAAUUCACCAACUAAUCGAAGUUCAACAUUAACAAAUCCACCUAUUAAUCAAUCAAUAGGUCGUUAUGGUAAACACACAACAGGUAUUGGUCAAGCUGGAUAUAGUCCACCUAGUUAUAGUAGUGACCAUUAUAGUUAUAGUGAUAAAGGACGAGAAGAAGAUUCUUAUUUGGCUAAAAUGAAUUUUACAAAACAAGGACCACAUUUUAAACCAUAUACUGGUCGUGAUUAUGAACAAUUUAAAAAGAAUAAUGGAUUUGGUGCUGGUUCUCUUGGUUUUGAUUUUGAUAAUCCUAAUUAUAAAGAAAAAAGUGAUAAAUUAAUGAAAACAAAAGAAUAUGCACAACAAGUUGAAACUCGUAAUAAGAAAAAAUUAGCUGAAGCUCCUCGACGUACAUUAUCAGAUACACGAAUACCAAAUGAAGCAUCAAAAACACAACGAGCACUUGAAUAUGCUCGUGUAUCAACACGUCAUAAACCACCAUCAGGUACAUCAACUCGUUCGACUCCACCUGAUAUGAAUGGAGCUGCUCCUGGUCAUCGUCGACCAACUGAUGUACCUCAUCGUCAACCACCAACACAAAAACAAUCAAUAAAAUUUGCACAAAAUGAUGAUAAUGAACUUGUUGAACGUUUAGCUAUGCGUCAUGAACGUGAUAAAGCUCAAGUACAAGGUAUUUUAAAUCCAUCACAAAAACGACGUGAACAAUUUUAUGAUGAUGAUGAUCGUCGUGUUACUGAUAUUGAAAGAUUAGCACAAGAUCGAACUAAUCAAAGACGUUUAUCACCACCUAAACAAUUACCUCCAACAGGAUUAACAACAAAUGGUAAUGCACGACGACCAUUAAGAUUUGAUAAACCAUUUAUACCUGAUGAAUCAACAUAUCCUCCUUCUCUACAACAGCAACAACCACAAUAUCGUCCUGUUCAACAACAACCGCAACAAAGCCAUGCUGUUCAACAACAAUCGCAACAACAUCAACCAACACAUGUUGAUGAACUAGCUAAUCGACAUACUGACGAAAAAAUGCUUAUGGAAGCAAUUCGUCAAGAAUUAAGUGAACGUCCAUUACGUGACGAUGAAGAAUUAAUUGUUGUUGAACAAUAA